AUGGCUUUCUUUUUCGGUCGCGGCCGGUCGCGGCAACCUGCUGAUAUCGCCCGGACAACGAAGGAAUUAUUACAGAGGAUUCAUGACUCCCAAAAUGCUCCCAAGACCGAAGAAGAGCUGGCUAAGCAGCUUAGUCAAAUGAAGGUCAUAGUACAAGGAACACCAGAGGUCUCAGCAUCAGUGGAUCAAGUCCAUGCACUUCUACAAGCAUUCCUUCACGAAGAUCUACUCAUUGAUCUAUCUAAGAGCAUCCAUUUGCUUCCCUUCGAAGCCAGAAAAGACACUCAGACCAUCUUCUCCCAUAUCCUUCGAUUCCGGCCUCAUGGAUAUGGAGCCGAAAAAGAUCCUCCCAUCAUCUCAUACCUUGUCCACCAUCGACCAGAAAUCAUUGUCGAGUUAUGUCGUGGCUACAUGCAUAGUCAAAGCGCAAUGCCAUGUGGUGUCAUUCUUCGAGAGGCAUUGAGGUUCGACGUCAUCGCCGCGAUUAUACUGUAUGAUCAAUCCAAUGAAGGAGAAUCCGCCAUACGACUAUCAGGAGUGAAACCCAACGAACGGCAAAGGGGAAAUGGUGUGUUCUGGAGAUUUUUUGAUUGGAUUGACAAGAGCAAUUUCGAAGUCAGCGCAGAUGCGUUCACCACAUUCAGGGAGAUCUUGACCCACCAUAAGAGCCUCGUGACCUCGUACCUCGGAAUCAACUUUGAGCUAUUCUUUCAGCGCUUCAAUAGCAUUUUGGUCUAUUCAGACUCAUAUGUGACCAAGCGACAAAGUAUCAAGCUUCUGGGAGAGAUCCUAUUGGACCGUGCGAACUACAGUGUGAUGAUGACAUAUGUGGACAGUGGAGAGAAUCUCAAACUAUGCAUGAAACUGCUGCGGGACGACCGCAAGAUGGUGCAGUACGAAGGGUUCCACGUUUUCAAAGUGUUUGUGGCCAACCCGACCAAGUCGCUGGCAGUGCAACAGAUUCUGAUCAAUAACCGUGAUCGACUAUUGAGGUUUUUGCCUAAAUUCUUAGAGGACCGAACGGAUGACGAUCAAUUUAUGGAUGAGAAGAGCUUCCUAGUCCGUCAGAUCGAACUCUUGCCCCCAGAGCCUGUAGAGCCUGCGGAUCGGACUCGACCAACUCGCAACUCGCCAUCAGCUCAUACAGCUGCUGUGGCUUGA